CUUGACGAUAAAAACAUUAAGAAGUACCUACUACUCUUUUUAAUUUUUUCCAACAAUUAGUUGUUAGCUGAUUUAUCUGUACUAUAAUUUACCUUGAUAAAAGGGUAAUACCAAGAAUUUUGAUGGCGUCCAGAAGCAGAUUCAAUAGAAAUGAAAAUUCGAUGGCGGAACGACGACUGAGACCAAUUUAUGGUACUUACCUAUAAUCGAAAUUUGAAUAUUGAUAAUUUUUAUUUUUCGAUAUUUAUUGUCGGUAUUCUUUUACUUACAGAAUGGAUAGAUAAUGGUAAUUAUAAAAAGGCUUUGCACGAGUUGGACAAGUUAAUAAAAAAAUUUAUUAGUUUACCCAGUCAAAAUUGUUCCAAAGUAUGUAUCUGUCUACUUUAUGUUAAGAUGGAAUUCAACUUAAAACUAAAAUAAUUUAAACUAUGCAUAUUUAAUUGGUGUACCUAUAGGCAUUGAAGAGCUUAAUAUUAGUCCGACUUGGAAAAAUUCAAGAGGCAGAAACUUUGUUGAAAGAAAUUAGACAAUGCAAGCCCUUUGAUGAAUCUACAUUACUUGCCUUAACUGCAUGCUAUAGAGAGCUAAAAAGACGUAAAUUUUAAUAGUAAUUGCAUGAAAUAAUUCAUAAGAUGCAAUUUAUAUUUAAUUUGUGUAGCUCAUAUGGUUUGUGAAGUUUAUGAGGAUGCUUUACUUAAAGAUCCAGCCAAUGAGGAGUUACUAUCUAGUCUUUUUAUGUCGUACGUUCGGGUUUGCGAUUAUAAAAAACAGCAACAAACUGCAUUAGCUCUUCAUAAAGUCAAGCCAAAUAAUCCAUAUUAUUUUUGGGCUGUAAUGAGUAUUGUUAUGCAGGUAAAUGUUGAAUUCAAUAUUUUAAUAAUGAUCUUUGUGUCGAUAUUUUUACUAAGUAAACAAAAUGUAUACCUAUACUUUAUAAAUAUUUGUAUAUUAUUUUUUUUAUAAAUAAUAAAAUGUUAUCACUGUUGUAAAUUUUAAGGCAUAUCAAGCUAAUGAUGAAAUAUCCAAACGAAUUACUUUACCAUUAGCAGAACGUAUGGUUCAGAAAUAUAUUAAUGAAGACAAAAUUGAUGCUGAACAAGAAAUUCAAUUGUAUUUGAUGAUUUUAGAUAUGCAGGUAAAUUUUAACAUAACUAGAUUGUGAGUGUAUUAAUAUAUUUUUAAAAGUUAAAUUUAUUUUUUGUUUUAGAAAAAAUAUAAAGAAAGUUUAGAUAUUCUUAAUGGAUCACUAGGUGACAAACUGCACCGAACUGUAGGUCUUACCCGGAAGAAAAUUGACAUUUAUUUUGAAUUAGAAAUGUAUGCUGAAGCCAACUCAUACUUGAAAAGUUUACUCAUGCAAGAGUAAGUAUGUUAUUUACUAUUGGUAUUAACAAAAUUACUUAUUAAUGAUUUCAGAUUUUAAAAUAUAUAUUUAUUAUUUAAAUAUAAACAAUUGAAUUAAUCCUAAAUAUAUUUUUCACCAGAUUAAAUUUUAUAGUUUUAUACAUUAAUAAUUUAAAGAUCUUUAGCACACCUUGCCAUACUAGUUGGAUCAUAUUUUAAACAUUAAAUUUAAUUUGUUAAAAUCUAACCUGUAUUUAUUUCAAUAUUAUGAAAAUUGGGUACAAAAUGAAAUUGGUUAAAUUUCUAAAGAUUUUUUAUUUAAAAUUUGUUUAUAUAUCAUUAUUGAGAAUUGUUACCCAAGUCACAAUUGUACUUAUUCAUUUAAAUUUAUAAAAAUCUAUUAUAAAUGAUUUAUUAAGAAUUAAUUGCACGCAGUUUUAUGAAAAUAAUAAAAAACAAAUUUGCUUGACACAUUUAAACGUAUUUGACAUUUUUAAUGUAUUUAUUCAUUAUUAUGUGUAUUGCUUUAAUUAAUUAUUUAUUAAUAAAUAUUUCUAUUUAAAAAAAAAUAAAUGUCAUUUUAAGUAAUAUAUUUAUUUAACAGCUUAGAUUCGUGGAUUUAUUACACUAAGUAUUUUGAUUCAUUAUUCAAAAUAAUUGAAAGAAAAGAAAAAUAUUUAAAUUGCAAUGGUGAUCUUGGUUCUACACUAUAUUUUGAUUCAUCCAUUGAAGAAGCAUUAACAUUCCUUAAUGAAUUGCAAAAGCUAAAUGUCGAACAAAAAUAUCGCCAGAGAGGGAUAUAUCUUGCUCAUAUUGAAUUAUAUUCUAGAUUAAAGGAAAAUGCUAACAAAUAUAUGGGUAAGAAAUUAAUUUAAUUCUCAAUCUGAUCUUUAAAAUUUAAAUUAUGUAAGGUAUAUUAAAAGACAAAUAAUAAUAAAACCACAAUUCUCAUUAUAUAAAAUUUACUUAUUUAUUAGACUAUAUACUUUAAAAUCAAAUUUUUUUUUAUAAAUUUUGAACACUUUAUUUUUUUAUACUUAACUAGUUUAUUUUGACUUGGAUCAAUAUGAUAAUAUUAAUUAAAUAAUUACAGGCAAUAUUAUCGAUCUCUUGACUGAAUAUUUUAAAAUGUUUGGAAAAAAGCCAUGUUGUUUUUAUGAUUUAAGACCAUACAUGUCACUUUUGAAAGAUGAAUUACUCAAUGAGUUUUUAAAAGCCUUAAAGAAAAUUGUAGAUUUAGAGGAAGGAGAAUUUCCAAAAUCAGUAAGUAUUUUCAAGAGACGUUUAAUUUAUUCAAUUCUAGUUAAAAAUACUUGGUUUUAUGAUGAAUUUCAUAAAAUGUUACCUGCACUUGGUGAUAUACUACUGUAUAUUUGGAUUUAAUGCUUUUUCAAUUCCAUGACAAUACAGCCUCUUAAGUCACCCUUGAGAUUGAUUAUCCCUAUUAUUAGCUAAAAUCUAUUAAGUAAUUACAAAAUAUCAUAUAUUUUUAGAAAUCUCAAAUGGAAUAUUACCUAUCGUUUCUUCAACUAUCUCGUUAUAUUGGAAUCCACGAUCUUAUGGACACUGAGAAAAAACUAAAUCUUGCAGAUCAUUUUCUCAGAUGCUAUCACAAGUGUGAAAUAUUCAAUAACAGCAAUAGAUCUUCUGAAAUGAUGUAAUAUAAAAAUAAAAAUAAUUAAGAAUUAUAUUAUUAGAAUAUUAUAAAUUGAGUGGUUAUUAUUGUUAAUAUUUAUUUUUUUUUUUUUCUAGGGCAAAUGAUACUUUUGUUAUAAUGAUGGCUCAUUUAAUGUAUGAUAUUUGGGUUGAAAAUAAUAGACUUACAUAUAUUAGAGAAGCAAUUGUUGUACUUGAGUAUGCCUUCGCUCUAAGUCCUUCAAAUUUCCAUAUCAAGUUAUUAUUGUUAAAAUUUUACCAUAUGUUGGGUAAUUAUAGUUAAAUUUUGAAUACGGUUUAUGCAAUUUAUUAAAGUAUUUUUAUUUAUCACUUUAGGAGCUUCUGAUGCUUCUAAUAUAGCUUACAUAAAUUUAGAAAUAAAAAAUACACAAUUGGAUUCAUUAGGAUACUUGCAUACUUUUCAAAUGUUCAAUGAAGGUCGGUUUCAAAUAGCAUCCAAACUGUAUUCUACAACAGUGAGAUUUUUCUCACAUAAUUAUCGAGAGGUGAGAAAGUAAAAGAACUGGAAGUUAACACUUUUAAAUUCUAAGAGAAAGUUUUUCAUUUUAUAUGGUGUACUUUUUCAAUAAUAUAGCAUUUUUGUAUGUACAAUUUUUAUCCGAUAGUUCUUUAGAUUUUUACUUCUUUUAUUGAAACAUUUCAAAAUCAUAUUUUGAAUCAUUGAACACUUUUAGGCCACACGCACAUUAGAGAGCGUUGAGCGACAAGUGUCAAAGGUGCGCACAAUAGUUCUUUUACAAGUGCGUUAUUUUUUAACAUUGUGGGUCAUUUAAUAUCUAGAACAGAGGUUCUCAAACUUUUAAUUUCACAUACCAUUUUAUGUAUUAUGGAUCUGUCAUGUAUCAUGUAAAACUAAAAAUUGAACAAUUCCUAAUAUUUUUACAUUUAUUUCAAAAUUAUAAAAGUAAAAAAUAGUAAAAUACUUUAAUAUAAUCAAUGGUUGUGUGUAAAUAUGAUCAGUUUCAAUUUGAAAAUUAACAGGUACAGAUGAUAAAUUAAUGUACAAUUAAAAUGAGAAAUAUAUUAAAAAUAUCACUUACUUUAAACAAGAGUGUACCAAAUUUAUUAUAAGGGAUUGUAAAAUAUGUCCUUGUUCCCAUCUGAGGAAGAGGCUUAUGUGAAGAAGCUUAUGUUAGUGAGGACCUUUUUCACUUGACCAAAAUGUUUUUAAUUAUUUUUUUGUUUUUACAUUAGUUUUAAAGUAAUAUCAAAAUCAAAAUCUGUCCUAGGAUAAUGAGAAUGGGUGCAGUCACUGUUAUAGGUAAUUUAAUGCAUAUUUGUAAGCAACAAUUAACCAUUGCUAAGGAAAAAACGAUUCUGAGCGGAGUUCAAUUUAUAGUAUUGCUUUGUCAACAAUAAAUAUGCCAUAGUAUAGUUAAAUAAUUGCAAUAAAUGCAUUAUAUAUUUUCUUUAAUAUUAUACAUAUUUCCCUGUUUUUCUAUUUAUUGUGAAAACUCUUAGAAAAAUCGAAAAAAAAGUUACCCUAAAGUACUUCCCUAGUCAUAUUUAUUUUCAGAAAAAGUACAUGGGAAAACAAAGAGAAAGUGAAAACAGAUUUAAUAUUAAAGAAAAUGUUUAAUGUAUUUUACCAGAAUAUGGCAUUGUUGACAAAGCAACACUAUCAGUCGAGCUUCUCUCCGAAUCGUUUCUUUUGUUAGCAAUGAAUAAUUGUUGCUUACAAAUAUAAAUUAAAUUCCUGUCUAUAUCCUACCUUCCUAACUUCCCACCUAUAAUAGUGGCUGCACCCAUCCCCAUUAUCCUAGGACAGUCUUUUUAGAACAUAAUUCAGUUAAAAAUAUUUGUAAAGAUUUGAAAUUUUGAUAGAAAUUUUCAAAACAUUUGAGUCAUUUUUGAACUAUUUAUAAACAUUUUAAUUUGAAAGUUAUUACGUAAUUUUUAUUUGGUAGGUAUUUUGUGAAUAUAAUUUUUAGACUAAUCAAAAAUGCUUGAAUAUUUGAUGGAGGAUCAAUAUAAAUCGUACUUAGUGAUAAAAAAAAAAAAAAAAUGUUUUAUUUAUUUAAAUUUUAAAAUCAAAAUUUGAUUUAAAUCGUAAAUUACGGUCUUUCAAAACAUAUAUAAUUAAAUUUCACUAUGAAUCGAUUUUCGUUAGCAAUGGUUUAUUGUUAGUUACAGAUAUAAAUUAAAUUUCUGUAUCCCACCUUCCCCACUACCUACCUACUACAAUAGCUGCACCAGUCCCCAGUAUCAGCUUUCUCUUUAUAUUAGUUAAAUUUAUAUAUGUUUUUAUUUAAUUUAAUAUUAGUUUUUUUUACUUUUAUUUUAGGUUGCAGAUCAUUUAACAAUAUCUUAUAAGUUUGGUUCCUUUAUCAAAAUUAUUGAAUUUGUGGAGUUUCGAGAGAAGCUCAAAUAUUCUAUUCAUCAUUCAAUGUGUAUUAUAGAAAACCAUUUUAUUUCAUUACUUGAUGUUGAUAGUUAUGACGAUUGUUUAGAGGUAUAUGAAAAUUAUCAAUAAAUUUAAUAUUAAUUAUAUUAGUACUAAUAUUUUUUGAAUGUUUCAUAUUUAUUAGAUUGUACUAAAAAUGAAUGAUGCCCCUGAAAUUGCUUCAGAAUCUCAUCUCAAGAAAAUGAUUAAUAAUCGAGACUAUUCAGUUCUAAUCAACUAUAAUUCAUCAUCGCGUAGUUUAUCUCCAGAAAUUUUAAAUCAAACAUUUUCUCAUGAUUUACGUUUAUUAGAAAUUCGUGCUGUUUUACUUAGUACUAUUUAUUACAGUGCACAUGUAGCUAAAGAAUUCAGUACAUAUGAUAUUAAAUCUAUAUUAUCUGAAGUAAAUGGACUCAAUCUUGAUGAAAAAUCCUCUGAUCCAAAGUAUGUGGAUCAAUUGAAUUUACAUUUGGAAAAACUGAAGAAGUUAUAUGAAGAAUUAGAAAGUGAUCCUCCAAUUCCAAUUUCUAAAAGUGUAUUUGGUAGUUUUUUUGGUUCUAAGAUAUUUGGUUUAGUGAAGUCUAAAAGCAUGCUAGUUAUUGCUAUAAACUUUAUUGAACUUAUACAAGCAAUGAGUCCAAAUGUAAAAAAUUCUGCUUGUACAGAGGAUAAGUGGACAAACAAAAUGAAAAUCAAUGCAACAGAACUAACUAAUGAAUAUGAAAAAGCUGUUGCUUUUUGUCAAUGCACUAUUUCCAAAACGAUUAAUGAAAUAGAUUCUAGUCUUAAAUUAGAAGGAAGGAAAGAAGUAUUAGAAAUACUUACAAAUAUGAUAGAUGUAAGUAAUAUAAUUACAUACAUAAUAAAAUUACUAAAAAGUUUAUUAUUAUUUUUAGACAUUAAAUAUUUCAUAUAUAUUUCUUUCCUUGGUAAUAUACUUAAUGAAAUGUUUACAAACCCAAGUAAUUUCUGAUCCUAAGAAGAUAAAAGCUAAACGGAAAACUCAGUCAACGCACUUUAAUCCUGAGGUAAAGUUAAAUUAUUUUUUAUAUUUUGAGUAUAACAAAGAAUGUAUUGGUUUUACUUUGAUGUUUUUUUUUUUCUGUGUGAACAAUUUUUUCACCAAAAAUCUUUUUUCAUCAACUUCUGGAUUGGUUUCUGGUAGUAAAUUUUGUCUAGUUGGUGCAUUGAAAAAGUGUUUUUUUUGUUUUUUUUUUUUUUAAUAAUUGGGAAACAAAUUUCAAGAAAAUGAGAAUAUUUACACAAUAAUACUGUCAUUUUUGAUUUUGUUGGUUUGGUGUAAUUCAGUUAAAAAUAAUCAAAGUGAAACUUUCACCUAAUACUUAUAUUAGAACUUACCAGGCAGUAAAAUAUUUCUAAUUUAAAAUUAAACAAAAAAAAAAAUUGUUACCCGGUUAAAAAGUAUGUAUUGAACAUCAAGUGUAUUUAUUUUCAGACUAACUAUAAAGAAAAAUUGGACAUUGUACAUGAGGUUAUAAAAAUUGUUCAGAGUAGCAUUAAUCAAAUACUUGCUAGUAUAAAAAGUGUAGAAGAAGCAUGGAAUCGUAUUGGUUGUGGAAAUUCUAAUGGACUGAUGUUAAAAAAACAUGAUAUAGAUUGUACAAUAAAUGAUACUAAUGAAUGUAAUGAAGCUGAAAAAAUGAGACAAAUCACAGCAGAAAGGUGGCGACAGUUAGUGGACACUAUUGAUAAAAAAAUAGGCGACAGCUAUAGUGGAGCUUUAGAAGAAAUGAUAAAAACUUUGUUAAGGAAACAAAUACAGAUCAAUAAACUAUCGUCAUUUUAAACGGUAAUAAGUAAUUUUAUACAUGUAAAUAUUUAUAUUUAUUACUUAUAAAAUUAGAUGAUACUAUUGAUUAUAUUAUUUAGUCAAUCAUGAUACCCAACUAUCAGAACAUAUAUUAUUGUUUUGAAAUUUGAUAUGGAGCUAUGGGCUGAUUAAUUUUACUAAUUAGAUUGUAACCUUUUCCUUUUACAAUGAAAUUAAUAUUUAAUAAUUAAUUACAUUUCUAAAAUGUAUUUACAACUUUCAUUUGCAUUUUAUUGUUAUAGAAACAUUGCAACCUAAACAUCAAAAUACAUCAACACAUAAAUAAAAAAUGAUACAAUUGAAAUUAAUCAACACUCUUCAUUUAUGAUCUCUUUUGUAUUAUUGGAAAUCAAUGCCAUACAUUUUGUUAAAUAAAUAUUGAGUGGUAGAUUCAUUUAAAUUGAUAACACUUGUAGCAAAAUAAAACCUUAUUUUCUAAAUUAAAAUUAAUUAAAACCCUGUGUCCAUAUUUGAUUUAAAAAGUUGUGAAAAUCAUCAAUUCAAAAUAUGUAUAGUUUGAAUGCAAACAAAAACAUUCAGUAUCUCUGUAUCUUCAUACAAUUUUAAUUUUGUUUUAUUUAUUAGUUGUUAUACUUAGUAAUAUCACAGUCUAAAAAGAUAUGUACUGGAUACGCAUCAUAAUCAAAUCUUGGUCAUGAAAGUAAAGGGUACCAAAUUUUGCAAUUUUAACUAACUUCAGCGAAGAAUAAAUAUGUAAAACUAUAUUCAUAAGACUCUCAAUCCUAUUGUGAAAUUAUGUUGUGUCAAAACAAUACCUUCUUAGUUCAUGGUAUGUAUUACAAUCGUUAGGGACAUUGGUGCCAACCGAACAGCUUAACUGUGUCUAUCAGUUCUUCCAUCUACACUAUCAGCCAACUCCAAGAUAUCUGCCAAAGGCUAUAAUAUUAGUAGACAUUUUCAAGGACUUAACAAUUUAUAUUUUUGAUCAGAUUUGUGCAAGCACAACACUGCUUUUUUUAUAAAUUAAAACCCUAUCACUUUUGAUUGCAAUUACUUUUUUCUUAUUUUACAUGAAUUUUAAAGUUUAACCAAUUUACUAAUUCGACAAUUAGCCCAAGUUAUUGCAAUUUAAAAUUAUUUGAUAUUUUUAUAAAAUGUGAAAAUCAUUAAAUAGAUAUCUUUGAAUCCCAAAAACAGGUUCAUAAGGACGUUGAGUGUUUUUCGAAUUAACAAUUCUACACUGUAUUGACGAAUAUCAGUUUUUUUUUUUUAAAUAGUUGAAUUAUAUUUUUUGUAUUGAAAACCUGAAUAUAUUGUUACUUUAACAGUUGUAACCAGGGCUUAUAAGUUCAUCCACUAAAAAAAACCUAUAAACAUAUAAAUGCAUGACUGAGCUCUGGUUAUAACUAUAUAAUAAUAUUUAUAGACUUAUUUUUCACUGUUGUCUGUUCAGUUUAUUAAGAUUACUUUGUAAUGUUAUUUCUUAAUUUUUUUAAAACUCAUUUUGUUUUACGAAAAUGUUUAUAAUUGCAAUCAUUUAUUUUUAGUGUUAUUAUUAUAUCAUAAGUUCUACUCCAAUUUAUUCCCAGUCAUUUUGAAUAAUCUGUGUAGUUUCAUACUUCUUUCCCCUGUUACUAUGUUAGUGAUCUUUCUUAUCACUUAAUUGCAUACACUAUAGUAAUUUUUGUUUAAAUGUUAAAGGAUUUUUUUAGAUUUAAAAAAGUUAUAUAAUUAUUUUUAUUUUUCCUCUUAAAAAAUAUAACAAAAACAAAAUAAUUACAUAUAUCUAUUACCUGCCUGAAAAUAUCUUAACUUUAUGUCUACUAGUCUGUUACAUUAUUUAAUUAUUUAAUUAUAGUGCAAAAUAGUUAAACUAACCUAUUAGGUAGUGCUUUAGUUUUGAAAGAUAGAAUUAAGAGUUACUAACCAUUAUGUAUUACGUGUUGAGCUUUGUUUAGCCUGUAACAUGCGUAUAGGUGUAGAUUGACUGAAAUAAAUUAGUUUUAUUGCAAAUCAUGUUAUUUUUUUUGUUUUAUUUAAUGAAAUGAUAAUUUUUAAUACAUUACGAACAAAAUAUUAUUUAAGAAAGCUAUAUCUUUUUAGCCCAAAUUAUAUUAUUUAUUGCUCAUUUGUAUUUUGUUACAUUAUUAUUUAUACUUCAGAAAAAUGUUUGGAAUUGUUUAUCCCAAGAUUAAGAUUGAUUAUCUUAUUGCCUACGAGAGAUAAAACAACAUACUUUAUAAUCACAAACUGUCAAAGAUAAAAAUCGCUUUUUCAACUAGUUGAAUCAAAAUUACAAUUUUAAAUUGUAUUAUUCUCGUUAGCUUAAUAUAUAAUAUAAUAGGUGACCCAUUUCCUUUUUUAAUUUUUGUAAUAUUUGAAAGUAACAUGAUGUCUUAUAUUUUUCUUUGCUCAUAAUUAUUUUUUCUUAUAGGAAAUAACAAAAAAAUAAUAUUUACAGUACACAAUAUUUGAUUAUAAUGCAUAAUAUGUGAUUUCAAUAUUAAACAGUCUUGUGAUACUAUUUAAAACAGAACACCAAGUAAUUAAGUAUAUUAUUUGUAUUUGUAAAUAAAUCAACAUUUAAGAAUUUUUCUUGUUAAUAAGCAUCAUAUUAUAAAAUGUUAUAAUAUUUUAUAAUUAAUUGAAUAUUUUUAUCUCGAAAACAAAUACGUAUCAUUGUUAAAGUGGAAUUAUUUUUUUUUUUAAAAAUUGUUAAUUAUUUCCAUUGUUGGUUGAUUAUUCUUAAAAAAAAUGACUGCGGGUAUAUUUAUGGUUAUUAUAGUAUAUACGGGUUAGGUAACUAUUUUAUUUUGGUAAAUAAAAUUACCUUUCAAUUUAUGAAAUAAUAUUGUUAAAAUACUUAUAAACCUCAUUUCUAUAUAAACGUGCGUGUCAAAUUUAAUUUGUGGCCAUUUCUAUCGAAAACUGUCUGGUUUAUUGUAUUUCCAAUAUAUCUACUGAAAUGAAUUUCAAUAUUUCUGUUAUAAUAUUAUUUUAUUUAUGUAUAUUAAACUAUUAUAGAUAUAUGAACUGAAUAAUAAAACUGUUACAUAAGCCAAGUAUCUAUUCAUAAUUAAAAUAUAUAAUAUUGUGUUACGUACUUUGUACUAUAUAUUUAUUAAUUUUAAAGAUCAUAUUUAUAAAAAAUAAAUAAUUUUUAUGAUAUUUUUUAACUAUAUUAUUAAGUACCUAAUAUACCUAUGAUGUAUUUUGUUG